UUUUCUUGCUUUUCUUUUCCUCCUCAUCCCAAGGCUAGCAAACAUCUUGCUUUCGGACUAUCUGACUCGUUACUCGUCUCUGUGCACUGCCUGAACAUUCCCUGUUUUUCUGUCAAACACGUCGCCACGUCAGCCCCCACCAGCAAGAAACCCCACCCAGCUGAGGUCGCCGACCUCUGUGUCGGAAAUUCACACCAUAUCAGUAGAAAUGAGUGAAUUCCCUGGAAUAGGUUCGCCCUCCGCGGCAUCUUCUUGCUCUACCAUGGGGAAGCCCGCAACCAAGUCAACCUCUCCAUCGCAAGCAGGACCUCGCACCAAUGUUGCAUCCCAAGCUUCCUAAUUUCUCCCUCGACCUCGCUGGGGUGGUCGCCAUUGCUGACCUUUCGACUGUCUCCCAACGCACAGUUAUUACUGGAACGGCCGCCCUCCUAGACUGCCUCAUUCUCUGCCCGGGCUUGCACCUCCAGCAGCAUGCCUCAGAUCUCAACAAGGGCGAGUACCCGGCCGCCGCCGCGAUGACCAGCGGCUAUGUGUUCCGUAUUGAGAACCCAGCCACGGUGCACUACCUCCAGAAGAUCAGCAAAACAGCUCACCUCACCACCGUCGAAGUCGUCAAUAUUGACAACCACAUGAGCUGGGCGGAACGGGCCGCGAAUGUCCUGUUUAUCACGGCCAAUGCCAACAUAAUCUCCGUCCUAACAUACGCGAUAGCUGCCUCACUGACCAUCGCCGUCUUGGUUUGCCUGAUCCUAAUGAAGGAUUGGUGGGGCCUGUUCGUGAUCCUGAUUAUGAUUCUCGCGCGCGCCCUCAACGUGGUCUUAAUCCGUCUUCGCAGCCAGAUGAACUGGAUUGACGCUCGCAGCCGGUUGGACUGGAUUGGCGCAUCUGAGACGGGCCGGAGCGAUCUGCUCGUUCUUCUGAGCCAAGACCGAUGGGUGCGUAUUCAGGGCGCCAUCGACGAUGUGAAAGCCGUCACGGCGGGCCAGUGGCUCCGCGAGAUGGAGCCCUAUGAGAGCUGGGUUGCCGCUAUUGCCACUGUGCUCACAUAUCUCGAUGCCGCUUUUGCCAGUAACGCGACUCAAUUCGGAAAGCUUCUCUUAAUCUUGCUACUGAUUGUCUCAGCGGGUCUGCUGGCUGUGGCUAAUCAGUUCACCACCAUAUUGCAGAUGCAUGGGAACGUCCUGGAGGUAAAGAGGAGGUCUGAUAAGUAUGGCAGACGCUUGGAUAUGGCUUCGGAGCUUAUCGCGGAGCAUGGAGGAAAGAGGGGCUGGGCGCUGCGAUUAGGGUUGAUAAACUCGGAGGACUACUUUGAUUCGGACGUGGAAUCUCGAGGAUGUUCGGCUUCGUCGGCCACCGCGUCAGGAAGCCAGGGGGCCGUGCGUCGGAAGGCGGGUACGGUUGAGGGGAUACAUGCCGUCACGAUGUGAUGUCGAUGAGAGAACCCGCUACGCAUAGUUCGUCUCCUCUCUCUCAAUAGGAUAUCUAGGAAAAAAAAAAACACUUGUCUCUUGAGGCUAGACUUGUGCUAUAGGGGGCCAAGUUGAACGCCGGACGGAAUUUUCGGGGUGAUGAGUCAACGAUUGAACUGAUCUGGAAAAGUUCGAAUGUGAGUGAUGUCGCCUGGACUAUAAUGCGGGUCUGUAGUGUUGGGAGAUGGUGCAGUACGGCCGAUUGGUAUGGUUGGAAGAGCGACAGCGAGGUACCGGAGUAGAGUUCGGCUCAUGUUUGUAAGUAGGUCAAGUACCAAGCUAUAAUGGGAUGGUUUUGAGAACUUGGCAUAAGGAUUCUACAGUUGGCAUACUCAAGUUGUGGGGGCUGCUCGAUCUUGGUAGAUCCUGAGGUCAAUUGAGCAGCAUCAGGUGACUGACACAUGACCAGACAUAAUAGUCUGUUGUGAGAAUGGAC